AAAUUAUGUGCAGCGUAUGUAAAUUUUCCUAUAUAAAAGUCUCCUCGCGACUUAUUUCAGCAUUUCUCCUCCCUCCAUUUCCAUGCACAUGGAAGAAAAUUAGAAAGCCAGCGAAAAAAAAAUGGCACUGCCGGACGAGACCUUCUUCUCCGCAGGCGUCCUCGCGAUGUACGUCUUAGCGCCCAUGAGCGCCAUACCGCUUCUUUUCAUCACGGCCCCUUACGGCAAGCACUCCCGAUCUGGCUGGGGCCCUUCUGUUUCGCCGCCGAUCGCUUGGUUCCUCAUGGAGAGCCCAACCCUUUGGCUCUCCGUCCUUUUCCUCCCCUUCGGCCGACAUCGCUCCAGCACCAUAGCUCUCUUCAUCCUCUCCCUCUUCUUUCUCCACUACAUCCACCGCACCAUCAUCUACCCUCUCCGCCUCCGCCGCUUCCGCAAAUCCUCCAGCGGCGGAUUCCCCAUUUCCAUCGUCGCAAUGUCCUUCGGCUUUAAUGCUUUAAACGCAUAUAUCCAGACCAGAUUCGUCACCCACUACGCGGAGUACGACGGCGGAGCAUGGGCCGGCGGGAUUUGGACGGCGACGAGAUUGGCGAUCGGGCUGGGGGUAUUUCUUUGGGGCAUGACGGUGAAUGUGAGGUCGGAUCUGGUGCUGGUGAGGCUCAAGGCGGAGGGCGGAGGGUACAAGAUUCCGAGGAGCGGGUGGUUCGAGCUGGUGAGUUGCCCUAAUUACAUGGGGGAGGUGGCGGAGUGGCUGGGCUGGGCAGUGGUGGCGUGGUCACCGGCGGCGUUUGGUUUCGCGCUCUUCACGGCGGCGAAUCUGGUGCCUAGGGCUUGGUCGCACCAUAAAUGGUAUCAGGAGAAGUUUGGGGAGGAUUAUCCCAUGUCUAGAAAAGCGGUCGUGCCCUAUAUUUUUUGAUGAUUCCAUGAAUGUUGUUUUGGUUGGAAAAAACGGAGAACUUUCAGGAGGUGUUUGGCUGCUGGAUUUAGAAAGUAGGAUUUUUUUUAAUCCGAUAAAUUCCGUUUUAUAAAAUCCAGCUAUGUUUAAUGUAAAUUUUAUGUUUGGUAUCAUAUUCCUUCAUUUAAUAAUUUCGCAGGAAA